AUGAGCUGGGAUGACUAUACAUCUUACUACGGGGGAUACGGUGCCUUCACGCCUGGAGUGAAGAGUACUGCGAAAUUCGCCAAUACUCCCGCAGCUCCCACCAAGUUGACGACAUCAUCGACUUACACGACAAGUGUUCAACUAACUCGUCCCACAAUAAAGGGAGGGUCCAUCUCGUCAGAGAAAUCAACAUGUACUGCUACAGCAAGCAUCCUUACGUCGAAUACUGCUGCGGCAAGGUCUCCUACGUCAAGAAUUUCCUCUGCCGAACCAGCUCACACCAACGCCCCUGCAAGAUUUGCUCAGAUGGUUGAUCAUUUGGAUCCCAUGCUGUAUGAAGUGACGGAAGAACAACUACUCAAAACUCCAUUUGGCGACAUUUGUCCGUCAGGAAACUGUGUCGACGACUGCCAGAAUAUGACUCGAGUAUUCCAGGCAAUUCCUCAAGGCCUCCACGUAGAUCCGCUACGCUACGGACGAAUGGAGGCACAAAAGGCAAACGUAACCCUGUUCAGUACUUGUAGUAAUCUUGGGUUCUCUACAAAUUUUGCUCCUGCAGAAGAGAAUGACAACUUCACAUCCUACUUUUCGACAAACGAUUCUACAGACCUUUUCAAAGUGGCCGCAAGCAUAGCAAGCUGCUUCGCUGCAACUUGCGAACAAACGCGAAAACCUACUCUUUGUGCCGACGCAUGCUCCCCGGCUGAGUUAUUGUCAUCUCCGACGACAUUCGAUUACAUGUUAGGUCUCCCGAACUGUGUAGUCAGGCUUUGCGACAAUACCUGCUCGUUACCUUAUGUGGACCCUGACGUCUUGGGCAUUGGUGUUCUUGUCUCGUACUACAUUCAAGCACUACUUCUCGUUAUCUGUGCUACGACCAUUAUGGUAUCGACUGGAUUCCAAUUGUGGAAGGUAUCACAGGCUCAACCGACUGUCAGAGGAAGUCUGAGAAGCCCGUUGGAGACAUUUGUGAGAGUUCAAGCUCUGUUUGGCAUUUCUUUGGCUAUCGCAACACUUAUCAUGCGGCCCGAUGAGAUCGACCCAUUGAACGGAUAUGCCCUAAUUUUGACAGCUAUCAUGGGUUUCCUCCCACCAGUGUUCACCCUUAUGUUGCUUCAUAGCCACGGAUUCGUUCGCAAAUAUCAAGACUGUACCACUCCUAUGGAUAUGGACAACGCUGGUGCUACUCGUGUUGAUCACCAGACACCUUGUGGCUACCACACAAAAGAGAAGCGACGCAGUGGGUCAGUUACCGCCUGCCAAACCCCAAGGUUUUCAUCGGAGCAAGCGACCUUCCGGAUUUCAUGCAUUCUUGAGUAA